GCAGACUGAUAGACUUGGAUAGAGCCUGGACGAGGGGGACACAGGAAACCAGAUGUGGCUCCUACUGUCAUUUGGAGGUAUCGAUUAUUAGACACCAGGACAGCCGGUGUGAGUCGCGAAGGAAGAAAUCCGAAGGACUCAUUUGAUUUUUUUUUUCCACCGGAUCUGACCAAGGAAUAUACCAGCUUUUAACGUCAGACAGAAACCCCUUAGUACUAAUGCAAAGAACGGAAAACAUAGCUAGGGCGAGGAUUAAUAUCCAAAUAUGAACCGAAUGUAACCCAGAUAAAUGCAUUUGUCCAGAGGAUAGGUAAUUAUAAAUUAGCAUGUAGUUUUUAAUAGUUCGACCGCUGUGCAACACCACCAAUAAAUGUAAACAGCUAAUCAAGCUAGCCCAAGUUAGCCGUUUGCAGGUUAGCGUUCCAGUGCUCCAGCUAACGUUAAGGACUGAAGUAGAACGACGAUAAAACGACCAGAACAAGCCUUUAGUUGGGUUGAAAACGACAUUAAAUGUCAAUAUACUUAUCAGCAGCGAAUGUCAUGUAUUUGUUUUAUCCUAGUAUGCAGUUAUUAAAAAAAAGCUAGCAGCUAACGUCGGCUAAUUGUUACCAUUAGCAGCGCAGUAUAAUAUCAUUUCAACGAGCACAUUAGACCAAGGGCAGUAUUUGACAGUAAUAUUGCUACGUGUACUUUAACAGCGUCUCUAUUUAGAUAUUUAGGAUGGCUACAGUGUUAGAAUAAUUAAUCGGGAUAUCUAGAGCAGGUCAGAUCUUUGCUGAGAUGAGUAGGACGUCGGGAUGAAGGAAACUUCAUGACUUCUUGACAAUUUAAUCAUACCCAUACCCCGGCCAGUGUUAUUGGAAAGCUCUAUUGUGUGUCCGUGUUGAUAGCUGCAGAGUGAAGGAGAGGAAAUGUUCAUGUUCUCUACUCUUUAGACUGACAGCUACAUUGCUUAGCUGCUGAGUUUUGCCCCUCAGCGACAGCAAAAGUACGGUCAAAUAGACGAGAGGACCUUCUGUUCGAAGUAUCUGUCCGUAAAUGGAGCUUCACUUUGGGGAGUUAGUCAGGUAAUGUGGAUAAAUUCGGAAUAAUUCGGAGGCUUGUGUUGGAGAUUUAGGAUUCCGCCUCUUAACAUAGAAGUUCCGCCGACCAUUAGUCGUGCUACAGAGGCUGGUCAGAGUUGUAUUGUGUAGCUGUCUGAGGCCCGGCGGUAAGCCUCUCAGCUGUGUUUUGGUCGCUAGUAACCUCCCCUCCCCCAGUCUUCAGUUUCUUGAUUCUCCUCGAGUGUUGGACACUGUUCGCCAGGCUUCCCCUUGAUUUAGACCGAGAAAAAGACCGUGGCCUCAAGUCGAAGUCCUCUGGACUCCACAGCAGUUAAAAAGUGGAUGUAAUGGAACUGAUGUUCGCCGAGUGGGAGGAUGGGGAGAGGUUCUCAUUCGAAGACUCGGACCGGUUCGAGGAAGACUCUCUGUGCUCCUUCAUCUCCGAGGCCGAGAGUCUCUGUCAGAACUGGAGAGGAUGGAGGAAACAGUCCGCUGGACCAAACUCUCCUACUGUCAAGAUUAAAGAUGGUCAGGUGAUUCCACUGGUGGAGUUGUCAGCGAAGCAGGUGGCGUUCCACAUCCCAUUUGAGGUGGUGGAGAAGGUCUAUCCCCCUGUCCCAGAACAACUCCAGCUCCGCAUCGCCUACUGGAGCUUCCCUGAAAAUGAGGAGGACAUCAGGUUAUAUUCCUGCCUGGCUAACGGGAGUCCAGAUGAAUUCCAACGUGGAGAGCAGCUGUAUAGGAUCAGAGCUGUCAAAGACCCCCUGCAGAUUGGCUUCCAUCUCAGUGCUACAGUCGUUUCCAGCCAGUCCGGUCAGUCUAAAGGGGCCUACAAUGUGGCAGUCAUGUUUGACCGCUGCCGUAUCACCUCUUGCAGCUGUACCUGCGGCGCCGGAGCCAAAUGGUGUGCCCAUGUGGUGGCACUCUGCCUUUUCAGGAUCCAUAAUGCCUCAGCAGUCUGUCUGAGGGCUCCAGUCUCUGAGUCUUUGUCCAGGCUGCAAAGGGACCAGCUCCAAAAGUUUGCCCAGUACCUCAUCAGUGAGUUGCCGCAGCAGAUCCUACCCACAGCCCAGCGGCUGCUGGAUGAGUUGCUCUCCUCACAAUCUACUGCUAUCAACACUGUUUGUGGAGCUCCAGAUCCAACAGCAGGCCCUUCAGCAUCUGAUCAGAGCACCUGGUAUCUGGAUGAGUCGACCCUUAGCGAUAACAUCAAAAAGACGCUACACAAAUUCUGUGGACCUUCACCUGUUGUUUUCAGUGAUGUAAACUCUAUGUACCUGUCGUCUACGGAGCCGCCAGCAGCUGCUGAGUGGGCGUGCUUGCUACGACCUCUAAGAGGUCGAGAGCCAGAAGGCAUUUGGAACCUUCUGUCCAUUGUCCGGGAGAUGUUUAAGAGAAGAGACAGCAAUGCUGCUCCACUGCUUGAGAUCCUCACUGAACAGUGCCUCACCUACGAACAGAUCAUCAGCUGGUGGUAUAGUGUUCGGACGUCAGCAUCCCACAGCAGUGCCAGUGGGCACACUGGGCGCAGCAAUGGUCAGUCGGAGGUGGCGGCUCAUGCCUGUGCCAGCAUGUGUGAUGAGAUGGUGGUUCUGUGGAGGCUGGCAGUGCUUGACCCCACUAUGAGCCCUUGCAGGCGUAUGGAAUUGGCCAGCCAGUUGAAGCAGUGGCACCUUAAAGUUAUAGAGAUUGUGAAGCGGGGACAACAUCGCAAGUCCUUGGAUAAACUGUUUCAGGGCUUCAAGCCUGCUGUGGAGUCCUGCUAUUUCAACUGGGAGGUGGCCUACCCACUGGAUGGUAUCACCUACUGCUGUGCAGAUAAGAAGAGUGCCACAUUCUGCUGGUCCAGGGCAGUGCAGUACCAGAGAGGAGUCAAAGCUGCUGUUGCAGCAGGUGGUAGUGAAUUUUCUGAAUCAGUGGGAGGAGGUAGAGUUGAUGGUGGAGCUGGAGACUAUAAAGGAAGAGGAAGCGGUCACACGUCACUACAGGAGGUUGCAGUGCGACCAAAGGAGACCAUUCUGAACAAGAGGAAAGGUCUCUCAGUGAGUGGAGGAGGUGGGGUGCUUGUCCGUCUGGGAGGAAGUGUCUCGCUGUCCCUAGAGGAUGGAGGAGGGAAGUGCAUGUACAAAGGGCCAGGCUCCUCAUCUGGAGGGAAGCUGAAGCUUACACAGGGAGGAGUGAAGGGAGCAUCUGUUGGAGGUCCUGGAGGAAGUGGAGGGUUAGGAAGUAGCAAGCAUGCUAGUGCCAAGCGGAGAACGAGUAGUGAGGACAGCUCCCUGGAACCUGAUCUGGCUGAGCUCAGCCUGGAUGAUGGCUGCAACCUGGCUCUCGGGGCUGAGGCCAGCAACACUUUUGAGUUCCUCCCCCCGCCACCAGAGAUGCUGCCUUCUCCAAGUCCACUGCUCCGAGACUCACGCAAGUACAACAGUAGCAGUGGAGGAAGCAAAAUUUUUGAAACAAAGCGUGUCAGUCAUGCCUCAGCUGCACUUACUGCUGUACAACCUGCUCCACAAUGCUUCCCAUCCAAGGAAACUGUGGUGGUUGUUAUGGACAUGCCCAGCACUGCAGAAACAGAAGCAGAGGAGGAGGUGGAGCCUAUCCAAAAUAGAGAUGAAGACGUAGACUCGGCUGGCAGUAACCAGCCUUCCACUUCCACAAUGACAGCAAGAUCAGGCACCAGCACACAAACAUCUGCUAAGCCUUCACGUGGCCACAGAGAGGUGGCAUCUAGUGGAGCAGCAGCAGGAAGCGGAGCUGCUGCUGUAGGUGGACCAGUUAACCAUGGAGCAGAGGCAGCAGGUGGAGCUGUUGAAGGAGAGGCUGUAGGUGAGGAUGACUAUCAGGCGUAUUACCUGAGUGCUGCCUCAGAGGAAGGAGCAGACCGACAGCUGGUAGACAACCACCAGGAGGACGAGCCAGACAUCUUUGCAGGGAUCAGACCGCUUGAGCAAGAGGGACGCAUGGAGGUGCUCUUUGCAUGUGCUGAAGCCCUGCAUGCUCAUGGUUACAGUAAUGAGGCAUGCCGCCUGGCUGUGGAACUGGCCAGAGACCUGUUGGCCAACCCUCCAGACCUGAAAGUGGAGCAGCCACAGACUAAGGGUAAGAAGAGCAAGGUGUCAACCAGCCGUCAGACACAGGUAGCCACUAACACACUGUCAAAAGCCGCCUUCCUCCUCACUGUCCUUAGUGAGCGACUAGAGCUCCACAACCUGGCUUUCAGCACCGGCAUGUUCUCCCUGGAACUCCAGAGACCACCGGCGUCUACGAAAGCUCUGGAGGUGAAGUUGGCCUACCAGGAGUCGGAGGUGGUGGCACUGUUGAAAAAGAUUCCUCUUGGUCUGGUGGAGAUGUCAACUAUUAGAGAGCGAGCCGAGCAGCUUAGGGAUGGAAACUUUUGUGAUUACCGACCUGUGCUGCCUCUUAUGUUGGCCAGCUUCAUCUUUGAUGUACUGUGUACCCCAGUUGUGUCCCCAACGGGUUCCCGUCCCCCCAGCCGCAACCGUAACAAUGAGAUGCCCGGGGAUGAAGAGCUGGGCUUUGAGGCUGCUGUUGCCGCACUUGGUAUGAAGACCACAGUUAGUGAGGCAGAGCAUCCUCUGCUGUGUGAAGGAACUAGACGGGUGAAGGGUGAUCUGGCUCUUGCUCUCAUGAUCACUUACAAGGAUGACCAGAGCAAGCUCAAGAAGAUACUGGAUAAGUUGUUGGACAGGGAAAGUCAGACCCACAAGCCCCAGACUCUCAGCUCCUUCUACUCGAGCAAGCCAGCAGCUGGGAGUCAGCGCAGCCCAUCUAAGCAUACUGCCACCAGCCACAGUGGGGUGACCGGAGCUACAGGGGGUGUCUCCAAACAUGCGACCUCAUCUUCUCCUGCAAGCAAUUUGGCGGCCUCCUCCUCAAGCUCUUCCUCUGCUGUGGCACCUACUGGAGAGGAGGUGGCUCCUCACGCUGAACUGAACCCAGUGCAGAACAGUCCAGCAGGGGAGAGUACUGCUGAGAACAGAGAGCAUGUUUCAGAUGGGCCUCCAUCCUCAAAUGACCAGCAGAAUGAAACAGCUCCAUUUAAGCUUGAGACUACAGUGCCUAGUCGGCUGGCACUGGGGCUGCGAUGUGGAUACAGCCAACGCUGCUGGGGUUCACCUGUCCGGCAGAAGAAGAAACACACAGGUAUGGCGAGUAUCGACAGUAGUGCUCCAGAGACGACCUCAGACAGUUCCCCCACCCUUAGCCGGCGGCCGCUCCGGGGUGGCUGGGCAGCAACAUCUUGGGGGCGGGGCCAAGAUAGUGAUAGCAUCAGUAGUUCAUCGUCCGAUUCACUGGGCUCCUCCUCCUCCAGUGGCUCUCGCAGGGCAGGAGGUGGAGCAAGGGCCAAGAGCGCUGACACCAGCAGGUACAAAGGACGACGUCCGGAGUGCCAUGCGCCCCAUGUGCCCAACCAGCCAUCAGAGGCAGCAGCCCAUUUUUAUUUUGAGCUGGCCAAGACGGUGCUGAUCAAAGCCGGAGGAAACUCCUCCACCUCCAUUUUUACCCAGCCCUCAGCCAGUGGGGGUCACCAGGGGCCCCACAGAAACCUGCACCUCUGUGCCUUUGAGAUUGGCCUGUAUGCUCUUGGCCUCCACAACUUUGUCUCCCCCAACUGGCUGUCCAGGACCUACUCUUCCCAUGUAUCCUGGAUCACUGGCCAAGCCAUGGAGAUCGGCAGCGCUGCCCUCAACAUUUUGGUGGAGUGUUGGGAUGGUCAUCUCACCCCUCCAGAGGUGGCAUCACUGGCAGACCGAGCGUCAAGGGCCAGGGACCCCAACAUGGUUCGGGCGGCAGCAGAGCUGGCCCUAAGCUGUCUGCCUCACGCUCAUGCACUUAAUCCCAAUGAAAUUCAAAGAGCCCUGGUGCAGUGCAAAGAGCAGGGGAAAAGCAGACAACAUCGGGUCACUUUCCAGCAGCAGGGCAUUAUAUUGGACAAUGUGAUGCUAGAAAAGGCCUGCAUGGCAGUAGAAGAAGCAGCCAAGGGUGGAGGUGUGUACCCAGAGGUUCUGUUUGAGGUGGCUCACCAAUGGUACUGGCUGUAUGAGCAGUCGGUGGGAGGGGGCUCAGGCCAGCAGCGGGAGACCUCUGGGCGCUGUGGGGCCAACGGGGGUUCAGGCAGGAGGCCACCAGAGUCCAGCUGUGGUAUUCUGGACAAUGGAGCCAGCAUGGAGUCCUCAGGGGUGGCAGCAGUUACAGCUUCAGUCACUGCAACGGCCGUUGUACCUGUCAUUUCUGUUGGAUCUACUAUUUACCAGUCCCAUGCCAUGCCCGGGCAGGCUAUGCCUCACCCACACAGCCAAGGCCUCCACCCCUACACCACCAUCCAGGCUCAUCUCCCCACAGUCUGCACCCCCCAAUACCUAGGACACCCUCUGCAGCACGUCCCCCGGCCUGCUGUUUUUCCUGUGACUGGGGCUGCAUAUCCACAGGGAAUGCACCCAGCCUUCAUCGGCACUCAGUAUCCGUUCUCAGUGGCUGCCGCCCCUCAGCCCCCUAUGGCAGCCACGGCUGUCACUUUCCCUGGUGUUCCUGUACCGUCCAUGACUCAGAUCGCCGUCCAUCCCUACCACACUGAGACAGGCCUGCCCCUCAGCACCACUGUAGCAGUCGGCAGCGUCCACUCUGGCCCCACCAUCCAGGCCAUACAGGGAGCAUCACUGCCGUCUCUCUCCUCCCAGCCUGCCGCAUUAGUCAGCACACCUUUCCAAGCAGAAGAUGACCAGCAUAGUCAGCCGAUCAGCCAGCAAGGCCUGCACUACCUGCAUUCUGCCUACAGAGUUGGCAUGCUAGCGUUGGAGAUGCUGGGCAGGAGGGCUCACAAUGACCAUCCCAACAAUUUCUCCAGGAGCCCCCCUUAUACUGAAGACGUCAAAUGGCUGCUGGGACUAGCUGCAAGGCUAGGAGUCAACUAUGUGUACCAGUUCUGUGUUGGAGCAGCAAAAGGUGUCCUCAGUCCAUUUGUCCUGCAGGAGAUCAUCAUGGAAGCUCUACAGAGGCUGAACCCUGCCCACAUUCAUGCCCACCUCCGAACACCUGCUUUCGUCCAGCUUGUCCAGCGCUGCCAACAGGCCUACUUGCAGUACAUUCACCACCGGCUUAUCCACCUGACACCUGCUGACUACGAUGACUUUGUCAACAUCAUUCGCAGUGCUCGAGGUGCUUUCUGCCUUACACCUGUAGGUAUGAUGCAGUUCAACGAUGUGCUGCAGAACCUAAAGAGAGGCAAGCAGACCAAGGAGCUGUGGCAGCGCAUAUCCCUGGAGAUGGCGACCUUCUCCCCCUGAGUAGAACUGAACCCGAGGAGUAGCAUCAAGAUCCUCCAGCAUUGCUACUGCCACUACACUGAGCUGGCCACAUUUAUGCUGUCUUGCUCUGUCAAAAACGUUGCUCCCUGCCAUGUUGAUUUAGCAAUGUGUACACAGGGAGUACAGUCGGUUCCUGUUCCAACCUACAUACUUCGUUUUUUUAUGUGUUCAUUCACCCUUGAGCUCAGUGGAGAACCCUGUUCAUCUUCCUACUUGUCCUUAUUCCUGACAGACUCCACACUCUAAUUUUAUCAUGGUUCAUAUUUGUGUGACCGUGGAAUUACAUUGUACUCCUUCCUGUCUUCACUUCUCCUAAACUGAAGAUUGAUGGGGACCUCUCACCCUCCAUACUCACUUCAUGUCCAGUGUUUAGUAGUUUUGUUUCGUUUUGAAUGAAAACCACUGAGUGCGACUCAUUUUCAUGCUGCAACAUUCCUGUCCAGAGUGGGAGGUGCUGAGACCUCAUUAACCAAAAGCUUGUCACUAUGGAUCUGAAUCUUUGCAGCGUGGGACAAAAGGAAGAUUUGCAAGGAAACAAGAUUUAAUAUUGGAAACUUUACUGUUAGUACGGGUGAGGAUUUUUCUGAAUUUUGUUUAAUCUUUUUUGAUACUUUGUACAGACUAUACCAUGUAUGCAGAGAGGAAUUGGAAGAGAAUGAGAGAAUGUUGUUAUGUCGUUAUUGUGUGGGAUCCAUAUUUACAUUUCAGCUUGCCUGACAAGUGAACACAGCUCCAGACCAAAACCAGAAGUAACGUAACCACUGCUGAGUCGAGCAGGGCCUGCUAGGGCUUCUCCAGCCUGACUCUUCCUAACUGUUCAACACUUAGUCUUUUUUUAUGACUUGUCAAUUGGGUUUUGUUGUACAUUUUUGGUGAUAUCUAUUUUUUAACAACUUUUUUUCCCUAGUAGAUGGCACAAGCUAUCGAGUUUUUGUGUCAUGAAAUGGCACAGACUUUCAAAACCAAUCCCUUUUUGCUAUAUAAAUAUGCUUUACAAAAGAUUUGACAUUUAUCAAAGCAAAUUGUCAUAUUUAGUCUGUCAUGCCUUCUUACCACAACCACUACACAAAACUCCAGCUUAUGUAAAACAGCAUAAAAAUUUGCAUUACAAGACCCAAGACUGACUCUUAACAUGGAUCGAAAUUCAAUACACAGCCCCCCUUUAUAAAAUCCAAAUAACUGGCUCGGCAAAAUGCAUCAACUAGGAGUCCAUGUAGAGGAUAAUCCCCUACAUCCAAGUUUAGAGAAGCAGGUGUACACCUUUUUUAGUGAAGGUGGUGAAGUUAGCCAGAUAAACAUUUGCCAAACUGAUCAAUUCAUCCUCAUCCUUGUUUUUUAAAAGUUCCACUUAUUCUAAAAGCAAAGCAUAUAGUUUGAAAGCACUUCUGAUAAAACAUAUUCCAUUCAUUCAUUCGUCCAUUAGCUAUAUCCACUUUACCCUGUGGGGUUUCACAUGGGGGCUGAAGCCUAUCCGAGCUGAUAUAUGGCGAAAAGCAAGGUACACCUAAAUAAACAGAUUGUAAAUCUUACUUUGUGUAGUGUGUCCAACUACAUGUCUCGGUGCAGUGUCCUCUGUGGCUCAUUUCAGUACACCAAACAGGAAUGAGCCCUCUCAACCCCCUUGUCGCCUACCACUACUAUGACUGGAUGAUCGACAUCUCUGAUGAAUCAAAGAAUUCUUGCCACGAUUGAUAACAAACUUAAACCAUUCACAAAAAACUGAAGAAGAAGAAAGAUCACUGAGGUCUGAGUAAACAGGUCUGGAAAAUGUACAUUUUUAACGCAAAGCACACACGAAUAAGUCAGUCCAUACAGUGGUGACCGUGGCUGUGGCUCAUUUUUCAGCCUGUUUCUUUAAAGAUUAUACUUCAAAAUGGAAUACAUACCAUUGUAAUCAGUACCACUGACUACUGUGUCUGUGUUUUUUUCAUCUGAAUUUGUAGGCUCCAGGAGGUGUUCAGUAUCCCAAAUUCACUGUGUGCUGCUUACUUGUCUCAGUGAGCUGUGAUUUUGUGAUACUACUACAGUGACUCCUUUGUAGACUGUCUCACAUGUGGACAAUGCAUCUACUCCUCAAACGAUCAUACCUUCAGUGAUGACUUUGUAACACAGUGGCCCUUGAAUGAGAUGGGGCUGUGGUUUUGCUAUGAAAAGCCCAGCUAUGCUGACCUGCGUAAUGCACAUGAGUCCAAACACUCACCCAGGCCUGUCAACAAAUUAGACACGUGAGUGUGUUUGAGUGGCCCGUUUCUUCAGUGUGGUUAGCUCAUAGACCAUGGUGCUGUUAUUUUAAGACAUACUGAUGCUCUCUGUCCAGGCAGCUGCUGUGGUUCAGAACGUGCCUGUCUAACUGGUUCUGGACCUCACAGGUGAAGGUGACUUAGUAGAAAAUGUACUGUGAUAUUUUUGUAUUCCUCAAAAGUGUAGCUUGAUUGAAAAGUUCUAUAUGUGCUGAUUGCAAAAGGUUCUAAUUUAGAGUGAAAAGAAUAAAAAAAAAGCAAUACUAAAAGUGUAGAGUUUACUUAAUAAAGUUCAUUCAAAACA